UUCAAAGAACAACAAACCUGAAGAGUCCAGUCGUUUUCCUCCCAAUUUCCUUCCGCCCUCGGCGUCCGCCUCCGCCUCCGCCUCCGCUACUCGAUCGUACGGCCGCGGCCUCCUCCCACCCCACCCUCGCCAUCGUCUUGUCGCCGCCGCCGCGAUGCAUAAGACGGCGCAGGCCUGGUUCACCGGAGGCCCUGCCUCCUCCGCGGCCUCCGCCGGCGAGUCGCAGCCGUCCCUCCUCGCCGACUGGAACUCCUACGCCGCCACCCGCUCCGACGCCUCCUCCUCCUCCCCGCUUCCAUUCGACAUCGAGGCCGCCGUCCGGACCGCCAACGACACCGUCUCCGGCACCUUCAGCUCGGUGACCAAGGGCGUUCGUGAACUGCCGGGGAGCUUCCAGAACGCGACGAGCAGCUUUCCUUCGGGGAAGGCGCUCAUGUACUUCGGCCUCUUCCUCGCCACCGGCGUCUUCUUCGUCUUCAUCGCCUUCGCGCUCUUCCUGCCCGUCAUGGUGCUCAUGCCGCAGAAGUUCGCCAUCUGCUUCACGCUCGGAUGCGCGCUCAUCAUCGCCUCGCUCUUCGCGCUCAAGGGGCCCGCCAACCAGUUCGCCCACAUGACCUCCAAGGAGAGGCUACCGUUCUCAGUGGGAUUUAUUGGAUGCAUGGUUGGCACGAUUUAUGUUUCUAUAGUGCUUCACAGCUAUUUCCUCUCCGUCAUUUUCUCGGUCCUUCAGGUUCUGGCUCUUGCUUACUAUACCAUAUCCUACUUCCCUGGAGGAUCUAGCGGAUUGAAAUUCAUCUCUUCGAGUCUGUUGUCUUCGGUAACAAGUUGUUUUAGCCGGUAACCUUAGUAUGUUGAACAUUUUCUUCAUCAUACCUUAUUAUUGCUGUAAGGUUUUUGUAUGUAAUUGCUGAUCAUUCGCUCGAUAGAGCUAUUGUGAUCCCCCCUUCCCCUCUACUCAUGCUUGUUUCCAUAUAAUAGAUUUACAGCAGUGAGGGGUUUGAUGUGCUUCUGUACCUUAAGGUGUUUUUGUGUGUUGCCACGAACCUUGUGGAAAGAAAUUGAUUUAGCUUAUUUUUGGAGUUGCAGUGCCCCCUCACUCUAGCGGACAGACAGGUUCUGUAUGCAACUGGGCGGCUGAUCCAUAUAUUGUUGUA